CACUUGUGGUAUAUAUUGAGUGCAAUAUUGUUCAAUUGCAGAUACCCUGCAGUAAUACAUCCUGCAAGCUGGUAAACAAUGUACCGACGGGGAAGAGAAAAGACAGAAUAUGGGAUGCAAAUGUAAAACUUGCUUCUGCAACAGUCAAUGCAGGUAUCGGUGAAAGGCAAUUGAAUACCUUGCUCUCUGACUUGAAUAUACCACCCGUGAGCCAUACAACAUUACUGGCUAGACAGAGAGAUGUUGGCAUUGCAUUUAGAGAGAUGGCAAAAGAAUCCACUGAGAAAGCACUUCAGGAAGAAAUUAACCUCACUAAAAGAAAAACAGGAAGUGAAGAUCUGACUGUAAGCGUAGAUGCAGGGUGGCAGAAAAGAGGGAGUGGCAGAUCCUAUGAUAGUCUGUCAGAAUUCAAUUUCGAAAAUUUGUUGUGUGGGAUGGAGGGAGGGGGUGUUAUGAUUCAAGUUCUUGAACAACCAAAUUUUAUCCAAAAAUUACCAGCUGCCUUACCCUGA